CUUGUGAGGACAGCGGGGAAGGAGCGCAGAAGUGAGCUGUGCAAGGAGGCUGUGCAGAAGUUCCCAGCCACUGGUCGGGGGGCAGGUGGCUGCUGCUGGGGCAAGGUCCCUGCCUGUGCUCACUUCAGCCUCGGUCCCCUGUCCCCUGCUGUACAUCCCGCCGCCUCUGGACACCCCGGCAGCAGCGAGACCUCAGACCGGGCUGCUUUGCUCUGCUGUGGGGAGAGGGAACACCGCUGGCCUCGCUGACAAGUCCUAAUCAAGCUUCUCCAGCCCCACUGUGCCACCAAGUCCUUGGCAGUGGUCAGUGGCCUCUUGAAGAAGUCCUGGAAGAAGCUUUUUCCCACAGUCCUCCUCAGUUUUCUAAAGAAUGGCCAUGUCUGCCUUUGAUCAGAGGAACCACAGCAUGCAGCGUACAGAGCCUGAGACAGAAUACAGCCCCCCUCGGGUGAAGCCAAGGGGUGAGAUGUUUGUCUUUAUUGAUGGGAAGUGGCUGAAUGACAUCUACUGCCAGCCACCCCUUCCUUCCCACCAGAAACUCUUUAGCAAGAAGGCACAGAAUGAGUGGAGCAUCUGGGAGGAGAACAGAGCACUCUGGCAGGAAAACCAACUCCUCUGGAUCAAAACCAGGAUGCUCUGGGAAGAAAACAAGGCUCUAAAAUAUCUCCAGUCACAGAACAAAUCUGUCCAGGUAAUUUACACUGACACUAUUCAGCAAAGCCUCAAGAACAAAAAUAAGCCAUUUCCACUCUUCCGAGACGGGAACACAGGCCUUCUGUUCAGCCCAGGAAACAAAGCUCUCCAGGCAGUCCAGGAAAAGAAUAAAGUCUUGGAAGAUUUCCAGCAGGAGAAUGAAACACUCCCUGUUACCUGGAAAGGCCAAAAAGCCAUUACAGUCCAUGGAGAGAGCAAAGAUGCCAGCUCAGAUCUUCAGAAGAACAGUGACACCAUCACUGCUGUGGAAAAAGGUAACCCUGGCCCAGUCCCCCAGCAGAAACAUGAAGGUAAAAAGAAGAGAACUACUCCAACCCAGAGUAAGAUCGAGUCUGUCCCAAGUAUGCAGGGUGAGCAUGAAAUCCUCCGGCUUCUCCAGGACUUAUGUGAGCUCCUCCACACCUUCCUGAAAAUGAACCGUCCUCCUGGGGAGAAACAGUGCUGUCACAAUCUCUAUGACGUGAACAGAUCCUUCCAAGAAGAUUGCAAUAAAUUAAAGCUGCAGCUGAAUGCUGUGAAAAACACUGUGUCAGACAUUACAGCUCAAAUGGAUAUGUUGGAAAAGGAGAUCAUUGCCGUCACUUCCCCAGUGUAUGAAGAAGCAGGACAGAAGCUGGCAACUGAGCAUCAGCUUGGAGAAAUGUGCUAAGAACUGCUAGUUCAGUUCCUGGAAAUCUUCUCUCCUGUUUUCAGGAAACCUAAUAAAAUCCCAAUAGAUCCUGAAGAUAUCUGGGGAACAUUGUAUCAUUCUGAAACUUUCUUGCACUACUUAGAUAUAUUUCACCUUCUGGUUAUAUGGUGUGGGUGACUGUCAUGAAUUUGCCUAGUGUCAGGAAUAAUGUUUUUCAACAUUUUUUUUCAAUGUUUCUGAUAAUAAGGCCUAGAUUAUCAGAAGGUAAUUGCUUGAGGACCUCAGCUUUGAUUACAGUGAGAACUAUGGGUGCCAUCUUGUAGUCCAAGGACAUACUCACAGUCUCUGCUAAAAAAGUAUUGAUAAAUAAAGGAGGAUCCUUCCUCCCAGACUGCAUGGUGGGGCCACAGGAGAGAAUGGACCAGGCAGCAGGACUUCUCCCACACAGAACAGUGAGGUCCCUCUUGAUUUCUUGGAUAGUCAGAUGAAGCAGGUUUUUAGCUGCCCCAGAGCAAGCAAGUAGGUUGCCAAAAGCAGCGUUUUGAUGGCUGUUCCAUGACUUAAGCCAGUAUUUAGAAGGGCAUCUGCUCACACUCUAAUGGACAAGCCAGACUCCAGUGAUCUGCUGACACAGGAGAUGAGAGCUGGUUGAUAUGCUCAGGUUUGAAAUUCUGAUCUGGUCUCAAUUGUGUGACCAGAGUGGCUGGAAAGGAAUUUUCCUCUCUCUUGGACAGUCCAGAUGCAGUGCACUUUGUCACAAUCUUUCAGGCAGAAUAUGGCAGCCUUUGGGUAAUCUGACAAGACAGAUGCAGGGAGACUCCUGCAGAGCAAUUGUAGGAGCAUUACUGUAAAGCAAAGGAGAGGUUACAGUGAGGUUUAUCUCUUGCAACAGGACCCCAAAAGCAGGUUUUCAUUCUAGUUUAAGUGAUUUGGCACCGAAUUACCUAAAGCAUGAACUAUCUUUCACCUUGUAUUUCACUCAGACGACACCAUGCCAAGUACAAGUGAUGACUGUUUACUUCAGAGGCUUAAAACAGCAGGUAUUUUCUUCUGCUGUUAGGGCUUUGGGAUGCUGAGGCAAAUCUCUCAUGCAUGAAGUUAAAGGGCUGGCUCUCAGUGGUGCAGGUAGGGCUGCAUCUGUAAGAAUCAGGUGAGAAGAAGAGGAGCAAUGUUCAUUAAUAGGUGGAUGUGCAGACAUCAGCUGCUCCUGCUUAAUGACAGGAUCACAGCUAUAAAUAGAUAAAUACCUCAGCACUAUGCUGGGGAACAUGUUGAUGCUUCUCUGCCUCCAGAAACGCUGCUUUUCUCUUUGCCAUCUCCCUCACUGGGUUUGAACUUAAUGUUUGGUAAGAGGAGAAACAGGACUAUGAAGACCCUAAUGCAGAGGUUCAGAGGGGAGUGGCAGCAGUAAAAAGCUCUGAUCAUGUGUUCAUAUCUUAACAAACUAAUUUGUGUCCUGUUAGAAGAAAUAAACCAUUCUUUUGCCAGUGGUCAGGAUACUGAUUCCUGCCACAUCUCUAUACAUAGGCAGGAAAGACACUUAGGAGUGCAUCUUUCCACCAGGCAUUUGGGAGGAGACAUCUCAUCUCAUGUCAGGUGUCCAUCCAGGACAGGACGUCAAGAUCUCAGCUAGUCUCCCUGGGCUUCCUUUCUAUCGUGUAGGAAGGAAUGGGCACGUUCAGGCUGUGAUUUAUCUGACUCCUAUUAGACUAAAAGUAGGCUGUGUCACCAGCUGGAGUCCCUCGUUUCCCUCUGUUGCCUCUAUAAUUACUUCGAGGACAAUUAGCUCCAACUUAGACAUUUGGUUUGGAGGUCUCAGAGUGAGAAGCUUGGCAGUCCCAGGCAGAGGCGGCGCUUCAUCAAGUGGUGAAGUGGCACAAGCUGGGGAGUGUGUCCCAGUCCUUGGCUUUGCUUUCUGUGAGAUGCCUUCAUUAAGCAGCUGACUCAGAUCUCUCCAUUGUGUGGAGAAAUUAUUACUUUGUGAAUAAAAUUGAGUUAGUUUGGGCAGAGCUUAAAUGUCAUGAGCACAUGUGGGAUCUUGAGGGGAACACACUACUUCUUCUGAAUGCUAACGAUGUUCCUGGAAGGAAUUAAGUUUUGUGAGACCUUUGCACUCUGAUCACUUCUUUGGAUCUUUAUCUUCCUGGUUAUUAAAAAGUCUAUAUCUGGCACAUGUUUUUUGGCAUCUCUCACAGAGAAGUUGAAUUGCUCAUUCCUUGAAGGUUUCUCCAGACUGUCAAGUGAGAUGACAAUGUCCAUAAAUGACUGCCCAGCACUUAAACUUGCAGAGAACUCUGUGCUAGUCAAACUCUCAUAAUUCCAGAAGGUACCAAAUCUCCUGUGCUUAUUUGGUUACAAACCAGGGUGAGUUGGUGACAACAGUGGAGGAUCAUUUCUGGUUGGUGCUGGAAAGGCAGAUGAUCAUGAAUAUUUCUGGAUCUGUUAGUGCUGUGGGGACAGAUGGUGAGAUUUGACAGGGUUGCCUGUGGAGUGCCACAGGACUGUGUGGGGAAGGUCCUAAGCACUGCCCAUUUUCUCCAUUGUUCAGUGUCCCCAGCCAGUGCCAUUAACUGCUUCAGUGGGGCCGUCCCUACAGGUCUCCAUCUCUAGAGUGUGUGCUGAUGAGAACAGUUGCACUCACAGCUUUUGCACACUAUUUCAGGUACAAAUGGAAGAGAAGUGCAGCAGCAGGUAUUUACAGGAAGAACUUAUUAAUUAUCAUAAAAUUUAGGCAGAUUUGGGGAAAAAAUGGGAAGGGUAGGUUUAAUACGUUUUCCUGGUCAAUUCACUGGUUUACACAUCCUUGGAAACUGGUAGCUAUUCUGCCUUGAAAUGGAUGGAGGUCAUUUGUAUAGUGCAUAAUUUACCUUUUGCAGAGAGACAAACUUUCUAUCUCUCUCCUUAUUGUUGCUGAUUAGCUCCUUAUUUUUGCACUACUCAUCUAUCAGUACUAUUUUUGGAAAGCUGGAUUUUUGACAAGGUCACCAUCAGCCUCUUACUUCCCUGUAAAUUGGAUUAUUUCCUCUAGCUGGGCUCUGUGCAAAUGCUGACUUCCCUGUUCUCAUUUCUAGACAGUCUAAUACAUCUGGGUUUGUACUGUCUUCAUAGAACACUCACCCUGGCCUUUUUUGCUCAUCUUAGCAGACCCACCACAUCCUCCCAUCCCUAAAUUGCAAUUUAGGAAUUUUUUCAAAGUGUUACGAGCUUCCUUGAGCCCUGGCUUGCUCCUGCUAACUGCUGAAGACAGUUUUCCCAGAGUUUUGCUUGUGAUUUCAUGAGGAUGUACUACAAAAGCUGUGGUGCUAGCCAAAAGCCAUGCUCUCCAUGGUGGUGCAGGCUGUUUGUUGGUGUUCUCAGCAGCCCAGUUUGUUCUUUCCCAGCCAGUUCCCAGCCAGUUCCAGUUUAGCUCAGAAUUAGCCAUAAGAGUACAUUUGAAUGCAGGAUAUGGUGGAAGUCUUUCACUCAACCUUUGGGCUGUACCACAACCAGUCAUCUUCUCUUCUUUGGCGUCCAAUUUGAGAACAGACUACUCAAAAUAUUCUUUCAGUGAGAGGCAAAGAAGAGAGGGAGUAACUCCUCGGAUAAGUUUCAUGAAGAAAUUAUUUCUUACAGUGGCCAUUGGCUGGUUUUAAAACAGACAGCUUUAAAACUUAACCACAUUUUCCAAAGUGGUAUUCAUCUCACCUGGGUGGAGGUACUUAAAUGAAAGCAGUAACUGAGAUCCAUGGCCACCUGAGGUAACUUCUGCAGCUGGUAGAGGUAGGCAGGAGUGCCAGAGGUACAGGUCUUUUCCCUGCCGACUGCAGAGAGCCUGGAGUGGCCAAGGUUAGGUGGGAAGAGUUGAGACCUUAGAGAUGGUCACAUCACUUGAUGAAUGCCUGACAGAGAGUUUUGGAUGGAACUAAGGGAAAAAAAAUGUGAGUUUAUGACUUUUGGAACAAGGGGCAGGAAACUCAGGAGGAACACUAGGAUGUUGUGGGGUUAUGCAGGGAGAAAAUUAAAAGGGUGAAAUCCCAAAUAGAACUUAAUCUGGUUACUGUUAUAAAAAAUGUUUCUAUAAAUUCAUCAGCAACAAAAGGAAGGCUAAGGAGAAUCUUGAUCCUUGGGGGAAACAUUGUGACAAAGGAUGAAGAAAAGACUUUGGGUACUUAAUGUCUUCUUUGCCUCAGGCUUUAAUAGUAAAAUCAGUUGUUCUUAGGGUACUCAGCCCUCUGAGGUGGAAGACAGGAACAGGGAGCAGAAUGAAGCCCCCAUCAUCCAAGGGUGGAUGGUCAGUAACCUGCCUCAUCACUUAGACACAUGCAAGCAUAUGAGGCUGAUUGGAACCCACCCAAGGAUACUGAGGCAGCUUGUGGAAGUGCUCACCAAGCCACUACCCAUCACUUACCAGCCGUCCUGGCUAGCCGGGAGUCAACUCUCUAACCUCCAGCCAACUGGAAGGAGGGUCUGGGGAGCUACAGGCCUGUCAACCUGGCCUCGGUACUGGGAAAGGUUAUGGAGCAGAUAUUCUUGAGUGUCCUCACAUGACACAUGAAGAACAGCCAGGGGAUCAGGCGCAGCCAGGACACGUUUGUGAAAAGCAGGUCCUGCUUGCUCAACCUGAUCUCCUUCUGUGACAAGGGGACUUGCUAUUGAAUGAGAGCUUUGGCGGAUUGAUGCCACGUUUGUCCCUACUGGGUCCCUCGUGGACGGCUUAGGCGGCACUCUGCCAGCACCCAUGGGUGCACACGAUCUCACCUGUGCAGGUGGUUGUCACACACACAGCCUAUGCACGGACCGGAGACAAAGAGGCGAGAGGGGCUCUCUGCAUGCAAUUCCGAGGCAUUUAAUGGCAACACCCCAAAGGGAACAGAGGCAAGAAGAACCCAGAACUGAACACCUGCGCAGGUUUUAUCCCAAAAACUCCCAAAGGUGGGCAGAGCAUCCAAAACCAAUAGUCUAAGGGCUGGGGGGAGCAGAGGCAAGGUUGAAUGGCAUAACAGGGGCCAAUGGGAAAAGGGAUGGGAGGGGGAGAGGGCCAGUGACCAGCAGAAUCUAGACAAAGGCAGAACUUUCUCGCACAGUGUUGUAGGGAAAGAUCACUUUUAGGGUAACUUGGGGCAUGUAAAGUGGACUUAGCCACCACAACAACUUGCUUAAUAGCUGAGGGAAAGGCUGUUGUCUACGUUGACUUUAGUAAAGCCUUUGAAACUGUUUUGCACAACAUUCUCCUAGAGAAACUGGCUGGUCAUCGAUUGGAUGGGUGCUGGGUUAUAAACUGGUUGGAUGGCCAGGCCCAGAGAGUGGUGGUGAAUGAGUUACAUCCAGUUGGUGGCCAGUCACUAGUGAUGUCCCUAGGACUCAGUAUCAGGGCUGGUCCUGUUUAAUAUCUUUACUGAUGACCUGGACAAGGGGAUGGAGUGCACCCUCAGUCAGUUUGCAGAGAACACCAAGUUGAGUGGGAGUGUUGAUCUGCUGGAAGGCAGGAAGGCUCUGCAGAAGGAUCUGAACAGGCUGGAUAGAUGGGCUGAGUCCACUUGUGUGAGGUUCAACGAGGAAAAAUUCUGGGUCCUGCACUUGGGUCAGAACAACCCUAUGCAGCCCUAGAGCCAUUCAUGCAGCCUCAGAGUUAGGGAUUAGGCACCAAACAUGUUUUUAGCAUUGUGUCUGAGGCUUCUAUCCUGUGCCAUAUGAAGCCUGUGGCAAAAUUCCAGCUGAGCUGAGCGUCAGCAGGGCAGAGGAUUAUAGGUAGAUUGCACAAAUAGUAAGAGCAAAUCUCUCCAAAUUUGUUGCAAAUACAUACCUUUUGGUUUUUCAGCCUUUCUGGGCCUCUGGUUUAAUAGAUUUUUUUAUGCUUUAGGUGCAAAAGGUAAAAUCACAAAACUUUCAAAUCAUCAGAAAAAUAUAAUUACCAGAAAUGUUUUCCAAAUGCAAAUUGAACAUCUUCCUUUUGAUUGUGGGCUAUGCCAAAGCUCUAACAUACAUCUUUGAUCUUAUGGCAGUGUCUGGAGAAAUUAUGGGAUUCUAAUAUGGAAUAAUAGAUUCUCAUCAAGACUUCUAGCUUUAGGAAAUUGUUUAAUCUCCAUUCUCAGUGGCUGUUUCUUUGUUACAGCUGUGACUGAAGGGUCCCAAGUGCUGGAAAAACAGCUCACCAGCUCAGAACAAAGCUGAUUAUGUAAAUUGUACAUUAAGAUUCAGUUUCAAUUUAAUUUUAUUCUGUAAAUAAAUAUCCCAUUAACAUCCAUCUGUUAAAAGUCAGGUAAAACAUCUUCAAAACCUCCAUUGCCAUGGCAGAUGUGACUGUACCAUAAAUAGCAAUGGUGUGGUGGUAUGAGGAUGUCAAAGUAUGAACUGUGCAGCACGUUUUAAGAAGUAACGAAGGUGAUAACAUUUAAUUAUAACAAAAGAGACCUUGUCCGAUUGAGACAGACAGGGCUUCCAUUUGUGUUGCUCUGUUUGCAUUAUGCAAAAUGCUUUCUCUGAUCACCAUCUCCAAGAUCACCAAUAAUUAUAGCUCAUUAAUUCACUUAAAACACAAAAACAUUUCAGCUGAUGAAGGUCAUUACUGAAUUAUGUCCAAGCCUUUUGCUUAAUAUCUUUUUAUUUCAACAGCUUACUUGAGCGUAGUCAUUUUCCCUUGUUCUAGCUGGUACUUCACUGCCAACACUGUUAAUAGAUUGUACUGAUCAGGAACAGAAUGAUGAAUCCUGUCAGGUUUUCUAAAUUAGUCUUCAAAGAGUAUGAGAAGGUUCAAGUGCUCUUAACCCAUAGCUAUUUUUAACUAUUUUAAAAGUCAGAGAUUUCAUAUGCACUGCAAAAGAGCACUUGACAAGGCAGAAACCAGGGGAUUGGAGCAAAUUUCACUUGUACUGGAAGUAUAAAACUCUGUGUGUGCGUCAGCUGGAGAUUAGGAACAGGUUCCUGAUAUAUUCUUAAAUGUCCUGAAGGAGGAAUUGUAACAUUGUAACAUUGUAACAUGCCAAUUUAAUUUCAUAAAGAGAAUGGAAAAUUAUUUUCUAUGUCACACACUGUAGGGAAUGGUUAGAGGUAGUGCAUUGCUGUACAUCUCCAAGAUGGAACAAGCAAGGAGAAAUUACAAUUCUUCAAGGUACUAUCAGAUUUGAGCACAACCUUCCAGUGCUCUGCUAUUCUACCUAAGCUCCUUGUUCAUGGAAAUCUGCACCAUAUGUGCAAACCCUUCCUUCUUGGCAGAAGCUGGCCUUAGGCAUAAAAUGACACGCCUGUAAAUACCUAAUUGUUGAUACAACAAAAUGCCAUAUGCCACACAAAAGCUGGCAGUCUAAUUGCCAGUAAAACCAGUGUGCAUUAACACUGUAUUGAAACCUUUUUAUCAGAGCAAAUAAAAGCAGAGUCUGGUACCAAGUUUCAAGAAGGGUUUACUGCUCAGUUUGUUUGCAAGUCCAAGACAGCUCAGUGGUCCUCCAGGUAUCAGAUAUCACAUGUAUGUUCCUGUCCAUUUUUCCAAAGAAAGUGUGAGGUCAUGGGGACUGUAGAUGCAACUGAAGAAUAUGACUGAUAUUACAGGCUCUUCCCAUGCACCAGUACACAGAAAUUCUGUUUUGACUGUACAUUUUCUCAGCUAUCUUAGGCUUUUAUCAUCAACUAGAUUUUACAGUGGUGUGGGUGUUGGGCAAGGAACAGAGGGCCAUGCAGAUUUGAUCACCUCCCAUGUUCCCAGCUGUCACAGGUGAAGUUGGAUUAGAAAAGGGAGGUUAUCCCAUCCCACCAGGCCAGAGCUGGUUUGUGCCGGUUUGGCCAAAUCUAGAAAUAUAUCCUCUGAGAGAGGGCAGGCUAU